AUGUCGUGGGCCCCCAGCAGCCGGGGCGGUGGAGGCAGCACGCCUUCGCCAAACCUCAAUAACUCGCUGCAGCGCAUCCAAGGCAUGGGAAAACUCGUUGGGAUUCAAACCCAAAAUCAGCAGCUCCUGCCUGCGGGCGCCGUUAAACAGCGAUUCCUCGGGUCGCAAGGGACAUCGAGUAAUGGACAUACAACUCCUAUCCAGCAGAGCUACUGGAAUAGACAGAAGGGACUUCGCUCUCCCCUUCCUCUCCAAGAAAGUACGAACGAGGCGGUUCGUAUUCCUCCGCAUCGAAGGCUUUCCAAAAAUGUCGUGCAUUCUUCUCCUGCUCCGUAUCAAACGCCUGUGCAGGAAGUUGUUCGCGCACCCUUUCACCAAUCACCUGAAAUUGUUGAUUCCGAAGGGACCGAAGACUUUGAGAACAGCUCCGUGGGCACUUGGAACUCACCUAAGGAGCAGUCAAUCGGUAACAACUCGUCGGAAUUUGAAGGUGCUCCUUUGCCAGCACCAUUGCAUAUCAUCCAAGCUGUUACACCUUCAACCGCUCUCGUUCUCCGACAACGAUCCUUAAGCACCGCCUCCAUGGCGCUGAGUGCUGGUCCGCUGCCUUCAGAUGAAAUGGCCGCAUGGGAUAGUCCUAGACUACAUGAUCACGAAAACGAUGAUGAUCUAGCCCUUAUCCAGGUCAAUCAGAAUUUAUUGACAGCCGUGGAGAAGUGGGAGACACAACAAGACAAGUAUCCCAUCGUCAACCUUGCCGCAAACCGUCACCCUCGGGUGGAUGAUUGCGACAUUGAUCCGGCGACAGGCGGGCUGAUCCCUCCCCCGCGAUACAUUAAGAUUCAGAAAGACACCCAAGCCAGGCACAACUGGCGCCGCGCGGUGACCAAUUCUGAAGGCUACAUCGCCCGCGAGCUGGAUCUACGCAAAUCGAAAAAGGAAGAGAUUGAGCGUAGGAAAGAAGAACAGAAGUAUGCCAACAUUACGCAGGAGGAAGACAAGUGGCCCGAUGCAGACUGCACUCUUCGGCCCGUCCAGCCUGAGGAUUUCCAGGGCAUCGCAAACAUCGUCAAUAAUGAGAUGCAGCGAGAAGAUUCGCAGGUCUACCUACCCAAAGUUGACAGUGCACAAAUUGCAGAACUCUACAACGCUUGCACGUCGAAGCGCCGCCCAUUCAUUGUGGCGGUUGAAUCUUCUUGCGAGAUAGUCGACCGUUCUGGAUGGUCUAAGGGUGAUGAAAAGCGCUAUCAGAAGCUCAUUGGAAUUAUGAAAUCUCAUGGAGUGUCAGAGACUCCAACCAUCCUUGGCUUUGCCUUUGUCGAUGAUUCUCGACAGGACUUUCUAGGCCACGCAUGUCAGGGAGCCAGGUUCUCUGGGAAAAUCAAGCUCGUCGUUGAGCCAGAGCAUCGACGAAUGCUAGUCGGGUCGGCACUGCUGGACAGAAUUUUGUUGUCCACAUCGAUCUACCAUCGUAGUCUUGUGGACUACAACUGGAAGUGCUCGGAGCCCCGAAAGACGUACGAAGAGAUUCCUGCACACAAUGAACGAAAGUACAGCAAGCUGUACUUGGAGACAUUCUUUGAUGGCGAGGAUGAUUCUCGAAUCGAGUGGACGACUGGUCUGCUCGAGAAGUACGAUUUUGCCAAGGUUGCGAAUUUCAAGGAAGCUGUGAAGCAUGGAAAAAACCCAGGCGUCUGGAAAGACCUAGUUGUAUGGGAACAUGAGGCACGCCCAGCUUCAGAAAUGGUGGAGGAAGAGAGGCAUUGA